AUGCCUCUCAAACGAUUCUUUCCGCACGCGCGCAUCGCGGCGUCGUCAUCACCAAUCAGCUCCUGCCGCGCGGUGGCCGAUCAAGCCCCUCCCGUCACGCACCCGCGCAGCCCCCGAGACGCGGGCCUCGUGGCGUUUCUUCUGAGGCGAGAUGGCGACUCCGGCGACGAUUGCGCCCCUGGCGACGAGGAGGAGGAACGCCGGCUACAAGACUCGGACACGACGCCAACUUCAGAUCGAAGCUCCGCCUCCCAGCGAGGGGAGUCCCUCGGCGGUGCCGACGGCGUCAGUGCCGAGCCCGACGGCGCGGGCGAUGGCAGCGGUCCGCCGCUCCACGCGGCGGUGGGCGCUGCGGUGAGCGCAGCCAAGGACGAGGUGGCGGAGAGAGUGCGCGCGCUGCUGCUGCUGUCGCGCGCGGGAGAUGACUCCCCGCGGACGACGAUUGACGAGUCAUUUCCCUUGGUUGACGAUUCUGCAAUCCGCGAUUCCCACUCGCGAGACGUUGAGCCCGCGGGGCCGCCUCCGACACCAGUACUGACCGUUGGGUCCCUGGCCGCGCCCGUUGCGCCUCCGCUUGAGGGAGAGGCGGAAAUUGCAGCGGGGGAGUGGCAGGACGAAGAAGGCGCGGCGGAUGCAGAGGAGGAGACGGAGGCGGAGGGGGAGUGGGGCCCGCGCGUGUACAUGCGCGGAUUCAUGUCGCUCUGGCGGGGGAUGCGGGGCGAGCUGAAGCAAGACGCGCGCGCGAGGGAGGAGCGGAGACAAGGAGAGGGGGAGGGACGGGUUGAGGAGAAUAUUAAGGGGAAGGAGAAGGAGGAGGGUUUGGCAGGGAUGGUGGAACCAAUCAAAGUAGAUGCUGAAGAGGCAACACAGGGGGCGGCGGCAGAGGUGGUAACAGGGGUGGGCGACGGAAGCAAGGAGGAAAGCGUGGUCGCAGAGAGUUUCGAAGGAGGAGAGAGCAAGAAGCCUGCACGGGCCAGUGCAUGGGCGCUGGGAAUGUUGAAGGACUGGAGGCGGCAGCAGAGGCAGGAGGAGCAAGCUCAGCCACAAAAGCAAAGCGACGGUAAACCCGUUCUGCUGACCGCGGAAGAAGCUACUACUGCUGAACAAGCUACCAGCAGCGCUCCAGCAGCAGCGCCCGUUCAGAGCCAAGGGGCGGAGCUGAAAGGGCCGCUGCUGCAGGAGUUGAAGGUGGAAGAACGAAAGCUGGGAAUGCGUGAAGCAGGCACGGAGGAUGUGAUCGGCUUGGCCGCUUCUGGCGUGGGGUUGCCGGGCGGCCGAGCAGGAGCAGCCACGGAUGCCGGGGGAAAGCAAGCAGCGAGAAAAGCUGUUUCGUGCAACACGUGCAACUCGUGCAAAGCGUUUGCUGCCACGGCUGCUGGUGCUGCUGGUGCAACAAGCGAGAUUAAUGCAGAGGGAACGGCGCCAGCAGCAGCAGCAGCAGCAGCAGGUAAAGGAGCCAUGUGGGUGCAGCAUACAGCGGACUCGCUGCGUCCGUUCCUGCAGCCGGCGUCAGGAGAGGAGCUGUGGCGCGUGUCGCUGCUCGCAUGGCUGUGCGAGAAGGCCUACAGCAUCCCCCGCCUUGAUACCAAGCAGCUGCAUCGCCGCUUCGGCCUCAACCUCGUCACCUCCUCGCACCUCCUCGCCGCUGCUCAGGCCGAAGCUGCUGCCGCUGCAGCUGCCGCUGCCAGCCUCGCCAAGCAGAAGGCUAAGGCCGCCAGAGCAGCAGCAGCAGCAGCAGCAGCAGCAGCAGCGGCAGCACCAGCAGCCGCACCACCCACAGCAACAUCACCUCCAGCAGCAGCAGCAGCAGCAGAGAGUACAAGUCCGGUUUCAGUGUCACAUCCAAUGGCAGCACUCCCUGCUGGGCCGUCCAUGGAGCAUGCUCUGCUCCCUGCUCCUGCCAUCCACGCGGCUCUUCCUCCCCCUCACCACUCCCCUGCUCCCUCUCCCUCAGCAGCAUCAGUAGCUCUAGCACCACCCGCCGCCAAGAGCAGCGCAGCAGGGAGCAAGACCGCAGCAGCAGCAGCAGCAGCAGCAGCAGCAGCAGCAGCAGGAUCAGAGGGGGAGGACGCAGGGAGCGGGCAGAGCCCGUGUGCGUGGUACAUAUGCGACGAUGAGGCGACCAACACGCGGUACAUAGUCAUCCAGGGUUCUGAGUCCGUGGCCUCCUGGCAGGCUAACCUCAGCUUUGACCCUGUGCCCUUUGAAGACCCGGCUCUAGGCGUGCUGGUGCACAGAGGGAUUUACACCGCUGCUAAGGCUCUGUAUCGGGAGAUGCUUCCGUACAUUCGCACGCACCUGCACGGCGUGCAGGUCCAGUUCACAGGGCAUUCCCUGGGCGGCAGUCUAGCUGCGCUUCUCUCCCUCCUGCUGCACCUCCGCGGGGAGGCCUCCCCGCACCACCUCCUCCCCGUCGCCCUCUUCGGUUCCCCGUCCAUCAUGUGCGGUGGAGACCGGUUGCUAGGUUUGCUGGGCCUGGAGCCUGAAGAGGCGAUGUGGAAUGUGGUGAUGGCUCGGGACUUAGUCCCUCGGGCGUUCACGUGUGAGUAUCCCUCACAUAUCACGGAGGUUCUAAGGCGUGUGAGUGGGGCUUUAAGGAAGCACCCCUGCUUGCUGUCUCAGAGGCUUGUGUAUGCUCCCAUGGGGCAUAUGAUGGUGCUGCAGCCCGAUCCUGCCAAGGCCCCUCCGCACCCCCUGCUGCCGCCUGGCACCGCUCUGUACCACUUGGCACACCCGAGUGCGCCGAUACAGGUGCCGAAUCCCCUGCCGUGGCACACGGUAGCUCUGGCGCGGCGGCUGUGGCGACUGGUGGUGGGGCGAGCAGGAGGAGGAGGAGAGGGCGAGGGGGAGGGAAGCAAGCGGGGCUGGAUGGAGGAGAGAGAGAGUCAGAACGUGUGGGCUGCAUCUUCCUCUCGCCCCUCCUCUUCCUCUCCUACCACCUCUCCCGCCUCCUCUCCCUCUGCCUCUGCCUGUGCCUCAUCUACCGCCCAGGCCCGCCUUGAGCUGCGAGCAGCCCAGCUGGCCUUCCUCAACAACCCGCAUCCGCUCGAAACCCUCUCCGACCCAGCUGCGUACGGCACAGAGGGCACCAUAAGCCGCGACCAUGACCCCCGCAACUACACUGGCACCUUGACCAGCCUCGCUCUACAGGCUGUGCGGCGGGUUCGGCAGCAGCGUAGAGAGCGGGAGCAGGAACAGACCCGGAGGGCGAAGGAGCUGGCGGAAAGGCAGCAGAUGGCAGUAUUUCAGCAGCAGCAGCGGCGGCUGCGGCAGCAGCUGAUGCAGCUGGUGCCAAGAAGGAGGCGGUUGGUAUCAAAGAAGAGAGUAGCGAAGCAGAAGAGGGGGGGGAAGCAGGAUGCGGUGGCUUCUGCGUCUGCUUUGGCGGCUGCUGCUGCUGCUGCCUCGGCGUUUCUUGCAACAGAUGCUGGCAAGGGGAGGUUUGGGCCCAGGAACAGUUUGGGUUCCACUUCUCCCAUCUUCUCUUCUGCUGAUUCCGCAUCUGAUUUCCUCUCCUCUGCACGCUCCUUGCCUCAGGGGGCGGUUACUGUGAGGUUUGUUGCUGCAGCGGUCGCAGCAGCAGCUGCUGCCGCUGCUGCUGGUGACAGCGCUGCCAAGGGAAGAACAGGUUCUAAGGCUAGUGCUGCUGCCGCCGUUGCCGCAGCAGUUGCUGCAGCACCUGAUUAA